AUGGGGUGCUCUUUUUCGGGGCUUAAUGCAUUAUACGACGCCGUUAACGGUGGAGGAGACGUGUGGAUCAAUGAGAACAGAUUCAGGAUCGUGAGGCAGCUAGGUGAAGGCGGCUUUGCCUACGUGUUUUUGGUUAAGGAGAUGGUCAGCGCUUCCUCUCCUGCUUCUAGUGGUGGUGCUGCUGUUGGUGGUGGCCUCUCUAGAAAAGUCAAGGACAAAUCCCAUCUCUCUGGUGAUGGAACUUAUGCUAUGAAGAAAGUUCUUAUUCAGAAUAAUGAGCAAUUGGAGUUGGUGCGGGAAGAGAUUCGUGUUUCUUCACUAUUCAAUCACCCGAAUCUGCUUCCUCUUCUUGACCAUGCUAUUAUUCCCAUUAAGGCUAAUCAAGAAGGAUGUUGGAACCAUGAAGCAUAUUUGUUAUUUCCAGUUCACUUGGAUGGAACCUUACUGGACAACUCCACUGCUAUGAAAGCUAAAAAGGAAUUCUUUUCCACCUCAGAUGUUCUUCAAAUAUUUCGGCAGCUUUGUGCAGGACUGAAACAUAUGCACAAUCUUGAUCCUCCAUAUGCACACAAUGAUGUCAAACCUGGUAAUGUUCUUCUAACACAUAGGAAAGGACAAUCGCCUCUUGCUAUAUUGAUGGAUUUUGGGAGUGCUCGACCUGCAAGGAAGCAAAUUCGAUCUCGCUCAGAGGCACUACAGUUGCAGGAAUGGGCGUCUGAGCAUUGUUCAGCACCUUUCAGAGCUCCUGAGUUGUGGGAUUGCCCCAGCCAUGCAGACAUCGAUGAGAGAACUGAUAUUUGGUCGCUAGGAUGCACACUAUAUGCAAUAAUGUACAGAGUAUCUCCAUUUGAAUACGCACUUGGAGAGGCUGGAGGAAGCCUUCAAUUGGCCAUUGUAAAUGCACAGAUAAAGUGGCCAGCUGGACCCAAACCUCCAUAUCCAGAUGCUCUUCAUCAGUUUGUGACAUGGAUGCUUCAGCCUCAGGCAGCAGUCCGCCCUCGCAUUGAUGAUAUUAUAAUUCAUGUGGAUCAAGUUGCUAUCCAAGCAACUGGGAACGCAUAUGCGAUACAUGUCAUGCAGCAGCCUGCACGGUUUACUGCCACACUGAAUCAGCUUUCUUCUGCCACAGCUGUGAUGAACGUAGUCAUGCAUGCAGGAGAUCCCACAGCAUUGCAACACCAGCGUGGGUGGGUAUGCUCAGCAUGCAAAAAAGCUCACAAAGAAAAUGAAAUAUUCUUGGGCAACAAGUUUGACGGCAAAUUGGAAGAAAACGAACAACAGCAGCAGCAGCAGCAGCAGGGGGAGGAGGCGGAGCAGAUUUACUUCAACAGGGACCAUGAAGCUUCUAAAUCAAGUAGUCAAUCGGUAAUUGAAGCUCUAAAUCAAAUUCACUUUUUCUUGAAUUGGCUUAACCUGUGGGUAUCCGUCCAGUUUCAUGUUCUUGAAUUUGCUCAUUUAGCAAAUAUUUGUUCUCAGUUUCAUGCAGCUUGA